AUGGAGCCAAAGCUCCCACAGGGUCUGGUAACUGUGUCGGGCGUUCCUUCGAGCGACGUCUUACAACAAGAUAAUCUGAGUGCUGGGAUUUACAAGAACCUGUGGCGAGUCUACUACACAUCACGUUUGGCCAGCAAUGACGAGACUGAGCAUCGCCUAGAACAUCUUUUCUGGCGGAUAUGGAGUACCAAACGACUGUCGAGCCACAUGAACACUAACACCUUGGAUCGUCUCAUCUUAAGAAUCAAAUCAGCCGAAGUAUUGGUGGGACAAAAAGUGAUUGCUCAGCAAACGAUGUCGUCGCUUACUGAGGGAAGUAACAAUGAAAAGGUAAACAUAAAACACGAUUGCCCCUCGCCAUCUCAACCCCAUACUCACCAACUUUCAAAGCCAACUGAGCAAAUCAAGCCCUGCGAUGUUGGAGCUUGCUCCAUUCACCCCAUAUUGAAGAAACCCCAGCCAACCCAAAUCGAAUCACAUAAGAGCACUCGCCUCCUCCUCGACACUCCCACCGGCACAAAGAUCACCCUCAACCCUUCCAUCUCUCCCACCGCAAGCAUGGCCUCGCCAACUUCCAUCCCCGACCUUGCGACUUCCCCAACUCCCAUGCUCGAUAUUACAACCCGCCAAGCUCCAAAGAAGACUCAUCUGGCCGCCACUCGCAAUGGCCGAGGCCCACGACGCCGUCCAGUCUUCAACCGCCGCAAGUCUUCACAGACUCCGCUUCCAAGGACUCCUCCUAUUACAACUCCUCCUCCCCGUCGCCGCUCCGAGCCAGCCGCAAAGCCCGAGCCAGCCAAUGAGAGGUACGAGGACAGCUAUGUGGAGCUGGGACUUCUGCAGCACCUGAGUUUCCGCGACGAAGAAGACCAAAUUGCGCGGGAUCUCGGACACGAAAUUGCUCCUGAGCCGAAGCCCGCCAACCCACCUGUUUCGCUAUUCGAUGAGGAUUUCAUCGAAGAUAUCGUCCCCGAAGUCACCAACAAGACCAAGGCUUCGCCGGUUCCAUUUCCUCGAGCUUCAUCUCUCAAGCAUCCGAUGUUGAGCCCUGAAGACUGCAGCCGCGUCAAGCAUUCUUUCGACGUUAAGGAUCUCGAUUUACCCGGUGGACCUGAGCUUGCUUCAGCCGAUGAUGUUGAUGGAGACUGGAUGGAUGUCGACGCCAUUGAUUCGACGCUUCCUGUCUCUCAGCCGUUCAAGAAUCUUGUCGAACAUCGUGAAAAUGUUGCUGAUCGGGCUCGCGCGAUUAUUCAGACCCAGGUCACCCCUGCUGUUAUCCCUGCAGCAGACAAGCAUACUCCUUUGCUACCACUAAGCAUGGAGGGAGUAAAGUUGUGA